AUGGAGAUAGCUUUGUUCAGAAAAAAAGAAGAACCCGCUACAAGCCUUGCAACUAUAAAAUGUAAGAUUAAGCGCCAAAAAAUUCCGGCAAUGCUACUCGAUAGUGAUGCUGAAAUGGCAAUUGUAACAGAAGAUAUUGUUAAACGUGUGGGUGCACAAAUAGAUAAAUCAGAAAAAUACGAUCUAAGUGGUAUUGCCACUAUUCCAAUUGAAUCUAUUGGUAUU